CUCCAGCAUACAUCGGACCUAUUCAAGCUACCAUCCACAUCUCAGACGCGACAAUGCCUGCAAUGCUGGAUGACCCGACGGCGGCCGUCAUCUACCGCACAUCUGGAGAUGGACCGUAUCCCACGCCGUAUGCGCCGCUACCGGCCAACAUUGUACCACGCCAGGUAACAUUGCGCGAUCGCUCGACGACAGCGACACUGCUGCCCUUUUCUUCUCCCGACCAAGUGCCCAAGACACUUCUCCAUUACCUAUGCGCCCUCCUCAAUCGCGAGAUCGACAAGGGCGAUACGUACCCCAUGAUCAAUGAGCUACCACUCGAGUCAUUCGGUCCCUACUGGUUCGCCAACUUUGGUGCUGUCAUGCUGCUGGGUGAUGUGAGCAAUGUUGAACACGUGUGGCAGUUGGAGAAAGAGGGCAUCGAUUGGUCCAAGCAAUGUCUCGGCAGCUUCUACAUCAAGCCCAACUACCCUGGUCGCUCUAGCCAUGUCUGCAAUGGCGGAUUCCUGGUCAGUGACGUCGCAAGAAACAGAGGCGUAGGACGCUUGAUGGGCGAGGGGUACCUUGAGUGGGCUCCUCAACUGGGCUAUACAUACUCGGUCUUCAACCUCGUCUACGAGACCAACAUCGCCUCGGUCAGGAUCUGGGAUGCUCUGGGCUUCAAGCGCAUUGGUCGCGUCCCCGGCUGCGGCAAUCUCAAGUCUUCCGACCACCUUGUUGACGCCAUCGUCUUCGGUCGUGAUCUCAAUGGCGAGGCUGAAGACUACCUCUCCGAAGAGCGCUUCGACAAGAUCAGAUACUACCUCAAGACAGGCAACUACCCCAACGGUGCAGACCGCGCAGAGAAGAGUAGACUACGCAGUGCAGGUGCCCACUACCGCCUCGUCCCCGACCCGAGUGGUGGUGAAGAGAAGCUCAUGCUCAAAGACAAAGAAGUCAUCAGCGACCCUCAAAAGCAAUACGAGAUCGCCCUCAAGACCCACGCUGCCACCCACGCAGGUAUCAACAAAACCACCGCUUCCAUCGCUGAACGAUACCAUUGGAUCCGCAUCAAAGAAACCGUCUCUCAAGCCAUUCGCAACUGCACAAACUGCAAAGAGACCGCCAAACCCGGCAAAGCUGCCACACCCUCCAAGACCUCGGAUACCACACAAGCAAGCCCAGGCGCCAUACCAACUUCACCGCAACAUCAACCUCCCCUCCUCAACCCCGCCACCACCGAACACGCAAACAUGCAAAACGCAACUCUCAACACAUCCACCUCACAAGAAGCAAUGGACAUGUCAUCAUAUCCCUAUGACCCCAUGCCCGUAGACCCGCAAAUCAUGUCCGACAUCUACGCUUCCUCCACCUCUGCGAAUACUGCAAACUUCAACAACGCAGGCACCUCUGAUGCGAAUAAUGCGUUUGAAGACCAAUCACAACAAGCACAAGAGCAUGGAGGUAUCUAUGGAGCUCAGAUCUACGGUGAUGAUGCAGAUGCACAAUUGCAAGCUGAAUUGGCGGGACAAAUGAGAAGGGCUGCUGGCGGAGAAUAGGAUUUACACCAUUUGCAGAUG